AUGGCUUCGAAGGCGAUGAGCGUGGCAGCGGAGAAGGUAGGGGCGGCGGCGCGCCGCCAAGCGGUGUCGCUGACGGACGCUGCUGCUUCGCGAAUACGGCACCUGCUACAGCAGCGUCAGAGGCCCUUCUUGAAGCUCGGAGUCAAGGCUCGCGGCUGUAACGGCUUAUCCUACACCCUCAAUUACGCAGAUGAAAAAGGAAAGUUUGAUGAGUUGGUUGAGGAUAAGGGUGUUAAGAUAUUGAUUGAUCCAAAGGCCCUUAUACAUGUCAUUGGAACUAAAAUGGAGUUUGUGGAUGACAAACUGAGCUCUGGAAUGUCCGGUUUGAUUUUCGAUUCUGGACUGGUCUGGGUUUUGGUCGUGUGGUACCAGACUAAGCUGAUUGAGGGAGUGUACAUUUUGUAUUUCCUAAAAAUUUGA